AAAUGUCCAAUGUCAAACAUCAAACUUCAGUCAACAAUCAACAACUAACGAGGGAAUAUUAAUCCACGAGAUGAAAUAAUAAUUAAGUUGUUUAGACUCGUGUUGACUCUUAAAUUUAAUAAAAACAGGUGUUUAAAAUUAUAUCUCUUUUUAUAAAAAAAACUUAUCAAAGAAAGUAGUGUUUUGUUAUAAAAAUGACGACUCAACCGCACAGUAGGAAACGAGUAUGCUAUUAUUAUGAUAGUGAUAUUGGAAAUUAUUAUUAUGGACAAGGACAUCCCAUGAAGCCUCAUCGUAUACGUAUGACGCACAAUUUGCUUUUAAAUUAUGGGCUCUACAGAAAAAUGGAAAUUUAUCGUCCUCAUAAAGCGACGGCAGAAGAAAUGACAAAGUUCCAUUCAGAUGAUUACAUCAGAUUCCUAAGGUCGAUUCGUCCAGAUAAUAUGUCAGAAUAUAACAAACAGAUGCAAAGAUUCAAUGUAGGAGAAGAUUGUCCAGUUUUUGACGGUCUAUACGAAUUUUGUCAAUUAUCGGCGGGCGGUUCGGUGGCCGCCGCAGUAAAACUUAACAAACAGGCAUCAGAAAUUUGCAUAAAUUGGGGCGGAGGUCUUCAUCACGCCAAAAAAUCGGAAGCUUCCGGCUUUUGUUACGUAAACGAUAUAGUGUUGGGUAUAUUGGAAUUACUCAAGUACCAUCAACGAGUAUUAUACAUAGAUAUCGACGUACAUCACGGAGAUGGCGUCGAAGAAGCAUUUUAUACAACGGAUCGUGUAAUGACGGUAUCUUUUCACAAAUACGGCGAAUAUUUUCCUGGUACGGGAGAUUUAAGAGACAUAGGCGCGGGGAAAGGUAAAUAUUACGCCGUUAAUAUACCUUUAAGAGACGGAAUGGACGACGAAGCUUACGAAAGUAUAUUUGUACCUAUAAUAAGUAAAGUUAUGGAAACUUUCCAACCGAGUGCCGUCGUUUUACAGUGCGGCGCCGAUUCCUUAACUGGCGAUCGACUCGGUUGUUUUAAUCUAACAGUAAAAGGACACGGAAAGUGCGUAGAAUUCGUAAAAAAAUACAAUUUACCUUUUAUGAUGGUAGGCGGAGGCGGUUAUACGAUCAGAAACGUUUCGAGAGCGUGGACUUACGAAACAUCGGUAGCCUUAGGGGUGGAAAUCGCCAACGAACUACCAUAUAAUGAUUAUUUCGAAUAUUUCGGUCCCGAUUUUAAAUUGCACAUCAGUCCCAGCAAUAUGGCCAAUCAAAAUACGCCGGAAUAUUUGGAAAAAAUCAAAACGAGAUUAUUCGAAAAUUUGAGGAUGUUACCACACGCACCAGGUGUACAAGUUCAAGCUAUACCUGAAGACGCCAUCAACGAAGAUUCCGAUAACGAAGACAAAGUCGACAAGGACGAAAGAUUACCGCAAAAGGAUUUGGAUAAAAGAAUAGUGCCGGAGAACGAGUUUUCUGAUAGCGAAGACGAAGGUGAAGGUGAUAGAAGGGACAACAGAAGUUACAAAGGUAGAAAACGACCCCGUUUAGACAAAGCUGGCGAAAUUAAACAGGAAGAAGAUAAGAUCAAAGAGGAAAUCAAAACUGAAAAAGGUGAAGACGGUUUAGUAAAAUCAAGUCCGGAUGAUACGAAAAAACUGUUGGGACCAAAUCCAUGACAUCGUACUAAUUCGAUAAUGUAAAUUCCUAUUACAUUAUUAUUAUUAUUAUUAAUAAUUAUUAUUACUAAUCGGAAAUAAGACAUUUUUUUUAUAAUAAUUCUAGUUACAGAUAAGACGCGUGAGAUGUGCAAGUGAAUUUUUUUUUAUUUUUUUGGUGUUCAUAUUGUCUCAAGUACAAUUCUUUUUGAUUGUAUAUACAUAUACUUUAGAUUUAAUUAAAUUUAAAAUAAAAUUGGCGUUUCUUACAUAUACACAAUUUGAAUAAAAGAUCCCACGGAAUUAUUUUUAAGUUUUGACGUUUAUUUUAUUUUUUAAAUUUGCGUUAUAAUAUAAUAAGUUAUAUAUUUUUGAUAUUAAUAGGUUCGUCGUUUUCUUCUUCUUCUUCUUCUUCUUCUUCUUCUUCUUCUACCACUUCCGGCAUUGGAGUGAGUAAUUCUGAACAAAUUACUUCAGAAUUGUCGUUUUUUAUUUCGGUAUUGUUACCUAAAAGAUACGGAAGAUUUUUCUUUUUCGUUAUUUAUUUAUUUAAAAAUCUCACCUCUAAAUGAAACUCGUUGUUUUUCUCUUUUACUAUCUACCCUUUUGAUAGGUUUCACAAUUAAUUCUUCCCUGACUUCAUCUUUUGAAACGUUAAAUGAAUCGCUUGUUAUUAUUCCAUUGAAUUUUUUGGACGAAUCCUCCGCCUGGAAUAUUCAUAAAAAAUAAUCGAAAUUACUUUAAUUAAAAAUCCUACAAAAUAAAUGGAGAUAACGGAAUCGUGAUUUUAUUGUAAAUGGCAGUGACUGUUCACAGUAGUUUAUAUCCAAGUGAUUUAUUUAAAAAUGGCGGCUGUACAGCAUCAACUAAUUUUUUAAAUAAUAUUCAACCAAUUAAUUUUCUUUAUUAUCUGUAAUGACUAUAGAGGUAAGUAGAAUUUUUGCGAUAUGUUGUUUUUUUUUUGGUCGAAUUGCACACUAAUAAAAUGGAAGCUCAAGAAUCUAACCUAACCUUAAAAAAUCGUCAGCUAGUUAUUAAUAACAAACGAACUAAGCAAUAUUAAAA